UAUUAUGCACGCAUUUAUGAAAGAGACAAAAGAAAAAAGACCAACUCAAAGCAACAUGAUCUCGCAGCCAAUUAGACAAAGUGAAGAAAAUACGAAGAACGAACUGGAAUCGGAACCUGGUACUUCUAAAGAAACAUCAAAUGCAACUUCUCAAACUACUACAACAUCUGUAGUUUCUGAAGUUCGAAACCUUAAAACAGCUUCUCAGAAAGCAAUAGCACGCAGUUCCCUAGCUGCAUCAAAAAGGCGAUACCAGGAUUUAUCAACCGCAGUUUCAGAGCUUCGUGACAUUAAUUGUUCCUUACUGCAAUCUGGUAAUGAAGAAGAUGAAUUUGAGGCUUUUGGAAGAUAUAUGGCCAUCGCUUUAAAGAAGCUUCCGUUACACUUGGCCCUACAAUGUCAAAAUGAGCUGCAGACUACACUGACCCGAUAUAGGUGCAUGAGUCUUACUCCAUCACCCUUUACGUCAUUAAAUCUACCAAGUCCUACUGGAUCUUCCCAUUCUUCUGGUAAAACCUAUUGGGGUUCAAACUAUUCAACCCAACCACCGUUGCAGUCGCCGCAAUCUCCUGGAUACCAACUACCGUCGACGCCAGCACCAUCUUCUGAACAGCGUUCACCUCUGUCAUCUCCUGUACAGCAACCACCUUUAUUAUCUCCAACAAUUUACUAUUUACCACCGGCACCUCUUGACCAACAACAGCAAUCAUUCUCGGCCCCUGGAUACCAACUAUUGCAAUCAACUUCAGAACAGAAUCACGGCAAAUAUCCAUAUUUAUCAGGUUUUGGGCCCAGAAUCGCGCAAGACGUGAGACUGAGUGUGAGACAGUUUAAGAUUCACAGAGGAUAG